GGGAGUAGAGUGCCAAGCCUUGGAGACCUUUCAAAAAGAAGGUUCAAAGUUUUUCACGGGACUCAGUUUCCAGGUAGGCCAUGGAGUUUGGGUUGACUGAAGAGCAAGUCCGUGUCUACACAGAGGCCUUUAACGAUAUGGACAAGCACCACACGGGGGUGCUCCAGCCAACUGAGCUGGGCAUCUUGAUGCGAUCACGGGGCCAUACACUUUCAGAUGAGGACAUGCGAGAUCUUGCUGCAGACAGGCACGGAAGUGUGACCUUGGCAGAUUUUCUUCAGAUCAUGGCCAAGCGAGAGCAGGACGUUGUUCUGCAGCAAAAGCUGAUGCAAGCCUUCGCUGUCUUUGACAAAGACGGAAGUGGCUUCAUUAGCGUAAACGAAGAUAGUGACUUCCGGAAGCAGAUGACGACAUUGGGGAACAACCCUUUCACGGAUGAGCAGUUUGAGACUUUCCUGAGCGAGUACAGGGCUGAAGCAGCUUCGCAACAUCCUGCAGAUCAGGACGGUCUUGUGGACUACCAGGAAUUUGUCAAGCUGAUGCUUCGGAAGAACGCCUGAGUUAGCUUGGCUCGGUCUCGUACAUGAUAAUGCAGGUGGCGAAGCCUCCCAAGACUGUACAAAAAGCAAAGAGUCCAAAGAGCCCAAAGCGUCCAAAGAGUCCAAAGGGUCCAAAGGGUCCAAAGGGUCCAAGGGAUGAAGCAAAACUGAUUGGAAAA